GCUAUGGGUAAGGCCUAGGUGAGAAGAGAUUCACCUUCACGUGGGCUGUAGGCAAAAAUCAAAGUAGGAUCUGAAUUUCAGGCAUUUAUAUCUUGAUAUCUGUGAGGUCAAAAGGCAUCUCCCACCUAUCUUCACUCAUUACUGCUCUUCUUGGGGUCACCUGUAUCCCUCCCAGUUCUGUUCAGCAGCCAGGUGCAGCCCUGCGGAACCCCGAGGGGCCAUGGCAGCUGUCCCACUGCUGGGGUGUCCCACGCUGCCCUGCCCCCCCAAGCACCCUGCUGCUCCCCACCAGCCCCAGCCCCCUCUGGUUUCUCUCAUCUGCCCCUUUGCACUGGCAAGAGACACAACAGAGGCGUGCCCUAUGAGCCCCACUAUGUGCCUUGGAGAUAGAAGUACCCCAAGCAGACAUUGCAACCCAUGGGGACUCCUUAGAGGCUUUGUCCAUGUCUCGUCCUUGAGAUAGGGGAAAAAUGAAAAAUAAUGUCUUGCUUCUUGUCUGGAGUGCUCUGUGGGAUGCCAGCAGCCCCAGGCUGCCUGCAGAGGAGGGGCCCUAGGAGCUCCAUUGAGUCCACAGCUUCCCAUGCACCAAGGGCAGGAAAAUGGAGGCAGCAGAACCUGGGCUGGCAAGCAAAGCUCUGUGGGUAGUGACACCCCAAGAGAGAGCAGGGGCAAGGCAGAGGGCUGAGCUGCAUCGCUUGCUCUGACCCCAGAGAUGCUGUACACAGCAAAUACCCCAGGACAGCCAAAAGCCAUUCUCAGGGGAUGGAGUGGGUCCCAGCUCAGCCAGAUCCAAACCACUCACAUUUUCUGCCUGCUUUCCCCAUCAGGAUGCAGUCAGAUGUUCUGCAGGCUGGAGAUAAAGUCCUGCCAGUUUGUUUUGACUCAUCCUCUGCUGCUGGAGAAGAUCUACCAGACGCAGCGAUGAGUAACCCUGGCCCGAUGACCACGGGGCUGCAGCACCUGGCGCCAGGGUGCUCUCACAGUGUUCUUGGGGACCUUUUUGCUCCUUUUUCCAUCUGCUCCUCACUGCCAUCCCUGCAGACUGAGACCCCUUGAGCUCCUGUCCUGUGCCAGCUCUGUGCUGUGCCCUCUCCCCUUCUCCCUGGUCUCCAGAGAUAAGCUCACCCCAUUGAACAGUGCAGUGCUGCAGGAUGGAAUGUUCCCUCCUACCACCUUGAGAAGCCCACAUCCAUGUCAGGACUUCUUCCCUUCCACCCUUACUCACAUUUCCCCAGUGUUAUCUCCCAGCAUCCUGGGGCAUGUUGCAUUUUGGCCAGCAGACAAAAUCCCUGAUUCACCGAGCCCCGUGCAGUCCAGCUCCCAGCUUCAGCUGCAAGGGACAAGGGACAAAUGAGCACAGCCCGGUGAGAAAGCUUUGCACAGGAAAGUGCUGGCACCAAAAUGAGCCAGGCUGCCAGCUCUGCGUCUAUGCCUUGGGUUGUAUUUCAUACACACAUGCAUUUUCAAGCUGUGCUUGCAGCCUUUGCUGAGGCUUGAAAUCGCAUCAAAACUGGUGUGUCUGCAGCAGGGCCUUAAUUUGCCAUUAAACAAACCCAGACUGAUGGAAAGGCUGUGAGGAUGUGCACGCCUUGGGUACCUGGGAGUGGAAAUGUCCGUGCUUCCCUCUGGACACAGAACCAGCCUGCAUGGAAACAGAGCAGCAGAUAGAGACCCACCUGGGCACCUUCCCAUGCAGCCUGUCCUGAUGUCCGUGUGCUCAUAGCAGGCAGUAAACCCCUCUCUUCCCUUGCACUCUUUACUGUGUGCCCUGGGCUCUCAGCAGAUACUUUGGAUCCUCACGCUCCCUGAGCGUGCCCUGUGGUGGCUUUGGGGAUGCAGGAGGGCUGUGCUGCUGCUGAGCAGUGGGAAACGCCAGUUGGUUGAAGCCCUGUGAUGGGGCUGGAACAGGGCAGAGCGGGAUGCGCUGGUCCUGGAGGGAGAGGAGCACGGGGAUACACUGGUUUGAAGCACAAGAUGUGGUGUUUCACAGGGGUAGCCCUCUGAUCCCCGUGCUGGACUCCUGAAGGAGACCAAGAGCCAAUCCCACAGACCCCGAGCAGCACAUCCUGCUGAACAGAUCCACCCCAAAGCCCUCCCACCUCCCAUCCCGGCUCCGGCUCAGCUCCCCGCGGGGCAUCAGCCUCCCUCAGCCCCGCACCGAGCCGGCAGCAUCCCCGCGGAUAGGCAGGGAACCCCCCCAGCUCCGCAGCACGGAGCCGGGGCGCAAAGCCCGGCUUCCUCCGUCCCCUCCCGCAGGCGCCGGGGGAAGGCGGCUGCGAUUCCCGGGCGGAGCGCUCCGCUCCCGGCCCCGCUCCUCUCCCGUCCCUGCUCCGCUCCGGCCCCCCGCACCGGAGUGGCUGCGGCGGGGCCAAGCCGCGCCCCGCUCCCCCCGGCCCCGCCGUAUAUAAAGGCGAUGCGCCCCAGAAGGCAGGUAGCGGCGGGGCAAGCGGCUCGCGCGGCCGCUCCGCUCCCUCCAGCCGAGUUUUAGCAAAAAGAAGGAGGGACGGAGGAAGCAGCAGCAGCAGCAGCAGCAGCAGCAGCAGCAGCAGCAGCAGCAGCAGCAGCAGCAGGGGCUGGCUCCUGCUUUCUCCCCCCAUGUGAGCCGGGACGAUGCUGCCGCUGCUGCUGCCGCUGCUGCUGGGCGCCCGCGCGCUGAGCGCACCCCCGGGGGACACAGCGAUUGUCACCCCGCUCCGUCUCGAUCCCGACAUCAACGGGCGGCCCUACUUCAGGCGCGGCCCCGCCGAGGCCGUGGUGUUCCAGCUGUCGGCUUUCGGGGAGGAUUUCUACCUGCACCUCGCCCCCGACGCCCUCUUCAUCGCCCCCGCCUUCGCCGCGCACUACCUGGGCUCCGCGCCCGGCGCCUCCCGUCCCCAUCACCUCCGCCACUGCUUCUACUCGGGGGAUGUCAACGCCGACCGAGAGUCCUUCGCCGCUCUCAGCCUCUGCGGGGGGCUCCGGGGGGCUUUCGGCUACCGGGGAGCCGAGUACACCAUCAGCCCGCUGCCGGGAGCGGAGCACGGGGGGGCUCACCGCCUGCAGCGCCGCAACGUCGCCCACCCCCUGGGUACCUCCGCGUCGCGCUGCGCGGUGGGCUCCGGGCUCACCCCCGGGGUGCUGCAGGCUCUGGAGAAAUACCGGGGGAGAGCGGCCGGGGGGAAGGCAGGAGGGAGAGCCAAGCGUUUUGCCUCCGUGCCCCGGUACGUGGAGACCUUGGUGGUGGCCGAUGAGUCCAUGGUGAAGUUCCACGGGGAUGACCUGCAGCACUACCUGCUCACCCUCAUGGCCACGGCCGCCCGCCUUUACAAGCACCCCAGCAUCCGCAACCCCAUCCAGAUCUCCGUCGUCAAGUUCCUCCUCAUCGGGCAGGACGACAAAGGGCCCAAAGUCACCGGCAACGCCGCCCUCACCCUCCGCAACUUCUGCGCCUGGCAGAAGAAGUGGAACAAAGUCAGCGACAAGCACCCCGAGUACUGGGACACUGCCAUCCUCUUCACCAAGCAGGACCUGUGCGGUGCCACCACCUGCGACACGCUGGGCAUGGCCGACGUGGGCACCAUGUGCGACCCCAAGCGCAGCUGCUCCGUCAUCGAGGACGAUGGGCUGCCCUCGGCUUUCACCACCGCACACGAGCUGGGCCAUGUCUUCAACAUGCCCCACGACAAUGUGAAGGCCUGCGAGGAGGUCUUUGGCCGGCUGAAGACCAACCACAUGAUGUCUCCCACCCUCAUCCAGAUCGACCGCGCCAACCCCUGGUCAGCCUGCAGUGCUGCCAUCAUCACUGACUUCCUUGACAGCGGCCACGGAGACUGCUUGCUGGACCAGCCCUCCAACCCCAUCCCGCUGCCCGAGGAUCUGCCGGGGACGAGCUACAGCCUGAACCAGCAGUGCGAGCUGGCCUUCGGCGUGGGCUCCAAGCCCUGCCCCUACAUGCAGUACUGUGCCAAGCUCUGGUGCACCGGCAAAGCACGCGGGCAGAUUGUCUGCCAGACACGGCACUUCCCCUGGGCCGACGGCACCAGCUGCGGGGAGGGACGCUUCUGCCUGAAGGGUGCCUGCGUGGAGAGGCACAACGUCAGCAAAUACAGGGUGGAUGGCGGCUGGGCCAAGUGGGCGCCCUAUGGGACGUGCUCACGGACGUGCGGCGGCGGGGUGCAGCUGGCCAAGCGUGAGUGCACCAACCCCGUGCCCGCCAACGGGGGCUCCUACUGCGAGGGCGUCCGUGUCAAGUACCGCUCCUGCAACCUGGAGCCUUGCUUGGCCGCAGUGCCAGGAAAGAGUUUCCGAGAAGAGCAGUGCGAGGCGUUCAAUGGCUACAGCCACAGCACCAACCGCCUCACCGCCUCCGUCUCCUGGGUCCCCAAAUACUCCGGCGUCUCACCCCGGGACAAGUGCAAGCUCAUCUGCAGGGCAAAUGGCACGGGGUACUUCUAUGUGCUGGCACCCAAGGUCGUGGAUGGCACCCCCUGCUCCCCAGACUCCACCUCGGUCUGCGUCCAGGGCAAAUGCAUCAAAGCAGGCUGUGAUGGGAAGCUGGGCUCCAAGAAGAAAUUCGACAAAUGCAGCGUGUGUGGAGGAGACAACAAGAGCUGCAAGAAGGUCUCGGGCUUAUUCACCAAACCCAUGCACGGCUACAACUUUGUGGUGGUGAUCCCCGCCGGUGCCUCCAACAUUGACAUCCGCCAGCGGGGCUACAAGGGGCUGAUCAGCGACGACAACUACCUGGCUCUGAAGAACGGGCAGGGCAAGUACCUGCUGAACGGGCACUUCAUCGUCUCGGCCGUGGAGCGGGACCUGAUGGUGAAGGGCAGCGUGCUGCGCUACAGCGGCACCGGCACCGCUGUUGAGAGCCUGCAAGCCUUCAAACCCAUCCAGGAGCCCUUGACUUUGGAGGUGCUCUCCGUGGGGAAGAUGACCCCUCCCCGGGUGCGCUACUCCUUCUACCUCCCCAAGGAGAGCAAGGAGGACAAAACCUCCUACAAGAAGGAGGGCAAAGCUCCCCCGGACCUCAACAACAGCGUCCUCAGCUUGUCCAACCGCUUGGACGGGGGCAGGCCGACCUACAAGCGUCCUUCCUACAAGUGGGCGGCGGGCGGCUGGGAGGCGUGCUCCGUCACCUGUGGCAGCGGGCUGCAGAAGCGGGCGGUGGCUUGUCGUGACUCCUAUGGCCACCCGGCCUCCGAGUGCGAGGCUGCCCAAAGGCCGGCCGAGGUGCGGUCGUGCGGGGAGCCCUGCCCGGCGUGGGAAGCGGGACCUUGGGCUCCUUGCUCCAAGAGCUGCGGGAGAGGCUUCAAGAGGAGGAUGCUGAAGUGCGUGGCCUCGGGUGGGAGACUGCUGCCCCGGGAGAGUUGCAGUUUUCGGAGGAAGCCGCAGGAGCUGGAUUUCUGCACCUUGAGGCCGUGCUGAGCCGUGCCGGCGAGGUUGGACAUGGUGUUUUUCAGGCAGUGGCCAGGGGUUGGGAGAAGGGGAGAUGUCCAUAGCACAUAUCAAAUGAAGGUAACAAAGGGAAAACAAACAAAGAAAAAAAAAAAAUAAAGGGACCUGGGUGCAGGGAAGGGCGCACAACCAGGUAAUGAGAGGGCUUUCACCGAGCAGGUCGCUCGGAGGUGAGCAGGAACCAACCUACCUCGAAGCCGCCGCACACGUGGGGACCCGCGGCUGGGAGCCGGAGGAUGGACAGACAGAAAUCACUGCCCAGGAUGGCCCCGAGGACGCACAGAGGGGACACCCCCACAUCGCACAGCCAAUGCCUGCCCAGUCUUCCCAGGGCCAAGCCUACCUCCCCCUCCCCUGAUUUUCUACGUGGGACCAAGUGGAUUUACUGACAUGACAAGGGCAAGUUGUACUGUCCAACAGGGUGCUGGGUCUCGUAGGGUCACCUUCAGGGCUCGCAGGCAGUGACUGCACAGCUGGGCAUGCCAACAGGGAGCCCCAGUGCCAGGUUGGGAGGUGGUGGCUUGAUUCUCAUAUUCUCCUCAUUUUUAUGAUCUGACCAGUGUAUACUUUAUGGUGCUUAACUCUUUGUUGUUGCUUAACCUCCUCCCUGUGCUGGAUGCAAACCUGGCAUGGAGGGGAUGGUUUCCAGCACAGCCCUUCCUGGGGCUGAGGUUUUCCUAUGGUGCUUUGGGGAGGCUGAGACUGGCUCUUGGCUAAAUGGGUGCCCAGAGUGCAGCCGGAUGCUCAUUUACAGCCUGGUGCAGGGCAGGGUGUAAAGUCCUUUGGGGCUAAAAGGGAUCACAACGAAGGUGCAAUGUGAGCGGUCACUGCAGAAAUAAGCAACUGUACUGUAGCGUCAUGGCGCGGUGCCUGGGAGCAUCCCUGCUUGUCGCUGGUGCUCAACUCUGCUCUGGAAAUGGUGCUUGCAGGGCCAGCACGCCAUGCCCAGGCACCCUGCUGCCCACCCCCCUCCAAGCUUCAGGGCUAUUUUGCUCUGCAUUAACCCCCAGCUACCUUCUGAGCUGGAAUGUGUGUUUGGGGCUGUCCUGACCUUCCUGCUCCUGCAGAGCAUCCACAACCAGCUGCAUCCUCCUGGGUUCUGUGCGAGGGCUCAUUCUGUUCCUCUGAUGGUUUCGUAGCGUCAUGCCUGCUGUGGCUGGAGGCUGCCUUACCUCACCACAACCCUGCCACACACCUUCCCCCAUAAGCCUCCUGCUCAGAUCAAACCAUUGGGGAUCAUUUCACCUUUUGCUUUCCCACUGAUGAAGGUUCCUUGGAGGGAGCUUGCUGUUGACCUCUCAGCCAAGAUGUGUCAUUAUCAGCAAGAGCAGAGGGGACCAUCCCAGCUUUUGGGUAGGCUGCUGUCUCAGCAAUGAGAUGCUUGGAGCCUGCUCAACGCAUGUGGAAGCUCUUUGUGCUCCACCAAGUCUCCAGCAGCGGUCAGCUGUGCGCGUGGUCAGAAGGGUCCCAAGGAACAGCACAAACGUUUUCUUGUGGAGACCUUUCCCACCAGCUUAGCACAUUUUUCAGGAUACUGCUUGCAGACCCACCCUCCCUGGAUUUGUGUAAUGCCUUUUUGAGCAGAAUAAUAUUUCUGGUCUCCACGAUGCUUGAUAGAGCCAGGAGCAGAUGUUGUGGUUGCUUUGCACAGCAGGGACAGGAUUUAAUGUUCUAGGAAAUCCCUUCCAGGUCUACAUUCCCAUGAACGUAUCAUCCAUUUGCUGGACAGUUUUCCUGCGUAGCCGAGCCUGCAGCGCUUUCGUUUGGGGACAGAGCUCCAAGGAGCUGCCCUUUGUGUCUUGCCAUCAAACCGAUGGUUUCCAAGCCACCGAGAAACUGUCGUCCUUGUCCGAUGGGGGGAAGGACGAGGUGGGAGGGAUUUCUUGAGUGCAGUUCUUUUGCCAAGUGUGCAGCAAAAGGAUGGAGAUGCCUAUUGUACUGGCUGCUUUGUGUAUACCAUGUAUACUAAACAUCGAUCUCUGCUGUUUGUGCAUCAAUAGCAAACCUGAAAUAAAACCGUAUUUAAAGAUCCA